AUGAAUCCCAUUCAAUGGGUUCUCUCCCUCAUCAAGUCUCUCCUAACCCUCUUCCUCCCGUCAACCGGGGAUCGCUCCAUCUACGGUCUUGACCAUGCGGUUCUCAACACUCCCAUGCCCCCACCAAGCAUGUGGAUGAACAUGGGAUAUUGGAAGGAUGGAUCCGAUCUCCCGGACGCCUGUAGGGCCCUCCUAGAGCAAGUCCUCAUCGCGGCCGGCCUUCUUGAUUCCGCCGGCCACCCGGUGCCCACAGACCGACAGCUCCAUCUCGUCGAUGUCGGGAUCGGAUGUGGCGAUCAAUCGCUGCACAUGGUCAAGCUGAGGAAACCCGGCGCGCAAGCACCGAGCAAUGACCGCAACGACCGCGUUGAUGGGGUCGCGCCCCCGCUCUUCGACUCCUACGUCGGACUCACGCUCCUCCCCGAGCAGGCGGAGCUUGCGCGACAGCGCCUUGAGGCGUCUGCCACUGCCAGCAUGAAAUCCGCCCCUACCACCUCGACCGAACCAACCCAGGUGGACAUUUUCUGCGCCGACGCCGCUGACCCAACCUCCUGGCCUCAGGAGCUCCAGCGCGCGAUUGCCGGGGCCUCUUCUAACACCCCCUCGAGGAAAACGACGACAACGACAUGGCUCCUCGCACUCGACUGUCUCUACCAUUUCCAGCCCUCUCGAGCCCCGCUCCUCGCCUACGCAGCCACCGACCUCCACGCCUCCUUCAUGGCCUUCGACCUCUUACUCUCCGACACCGCCACCGCCUGGCAGCGUCUGCUCCUCCGAGGCGUGUGCCUGAUGACCCGGGCGCCGUAUACGAACUUCCUGACCCAAUCCGAGUACGAGGCACUUCUUGUGCGCGCGGGGUACUCGAUCGACGACAUCGUUGUGACGGAUAUCUCCGAGCAUGUCCUUGGGGGAUUGGCGGGGUUUAUUCGUAAGAAGGAUGCGCGCAUGCGUCGUGUGGGGAUGUCCGUGGGUGGGAAGUUUCGCGCGGCUGCGAUGGUGUUUGACUGGUGGGCGAGGAGUGGUGUUGUGCGCGGUGUUGUGGUAGUUGCGGGUUUAUAG